AUGUUAGCCAACAGUGAUAAAGUUUCAGAGGUCCUACAAGAGUCUACUCAUCAGUUCAACCUGCUUACUUCACCCACCUUCCUACCAAAGGUCAAGGAUCAAGGGAAAUUCACUCUCCCUUGCACACUUGGGCAUCUUGAGAUUGACAAUGCCUUAGUGGAUUCUGGAGCAAGCAUCAAUCUGAUCUCUCUCUCCAUGGCAGAGAAGCUAGGCAUAGCUGGAGCCUUGCAGCGCCCUACUACUUCAAUCAUCUUUGGAGAUGCAACUACUAAGUCUCCUCUUGGAGUGUUCAAGAACUAUCACUUGAAAAUUGGAGAAUGCAUCAUCCAAACUGAUCUCACUGUGAUGGAAAUGGAAGAAGAGAAGGAUUUGCCUUUGUUAUUGGGAACCCCUUUCCUUAGUACAGUUGGCGCUUCAAUUGACUUUCACAAGCAAGAAGUGAUCCUUCACAAGGUGAAUAGUUUGGUGUCAUAUCGCUUGCAGCCUAGAGGUUCAGACUUUUGUGCCACAAUUGACAGUAACGAAGUUAAAGGAGCUUCUGUCUCAAGUCCUCACUAUCACCCUUGA